UGAUCCGUUGGGAGACAACGGGCAAGAAUCCCUCCCAAACCACUGGGUUAGACAUUAUAAUAGCGGCACCAACACAAGACGCAGAGAAAGAAAGCGAAAAAGAAAAAUGGAGAAAGCAGGUAGUAGUAUGUCCGUGAUGGAGGCAUUUGAGAAACUAGAGAAAGUAGGAGAGGGAACUUACGGGAAGGUUUACAGAGCCAGAGAAAGGGCGACGGGGAAGAUCGUCGCUCUCAAAAAGACUCGUCUCCACGAAGAUGACGAAGGAGUUCCUCCCACUACUCUUCGCGAGAUCUCUAUCUUGCGUAUGCUUUCCAAGGAUCCUCAUUUUGUCAGGUUAAUGGAUGUCAAACAAGGCCUGAAUAAAGAAGGCAAGACGGUUCUCUAUCUGGUUUUCGAGUACAUGGACACUGAUCUCAAGAAAUAUAUCCGCUCUUUCCGCCAGUCUGGCGAAUUCAUUCCUGUUCAAUCUGUCAAGAGCUUGAUGUACCAACUGUGCAAGGGUAUUGCUGUUUGCCAUGGCCGUGGAAUCUUGCACAGGGACCUUAAGCCUCACAACCUCUUGAUGGAUAGAAAGACAAUGAUGCUUAAAAUCGCAGAUCUUGGACUAGCCCGAGCAUUUGUUCUUCCUAUCAAAAAGUACACUCAUGAGAUAUUGACCUUGUGGUACAGAGCUCCUGAGGUCCUUUUGGGGGCUACUCAUUACUCAACUGCAGUGGACAUGUGGUCUGUUGGUUGCAUAUUUGCUGAGCUGAUAACAAAGCAAGCACUUUUCCCUGGGGAUUCUGAACUGCAGCAGCUUCUGCAUAUUUUCAGGUUGUUAGGUACUCCAAAUGAGAAUUUAUGGCCAGGAGUAGGCAAAUUAGUAAACUGGCAUGAGUAUCCUCAGUGGAGUCCUCAAAGCCUGUCCACUGCUGUUCCUAAUUUGGAUGAAGAUGGGUUAGAUCUAUUAGCUCAAAUGUUGCAGUAUGAGCCCUCCAAACGUAUCUCAGGAAAGAAAGCCAUGGAGCAUCCAUAUUUUGAUGAUCUGGACAAGGAAUUUCUCUGAAGAAACAGUCAGUUUACUUCCAAUGGAUGGAUGCUCUUUGUAUUGGAAAUUUAUCUGCUUUCCUCAAGCAUACUUUAAGUGAUUAGGAUGGUUGAUUAACUUUGCAGUUUAAAUUUGACAUUGCUGUACCAACUACGGUUGGAAUGCCAAAUAUGAGUUUUUCUCCCAUGGCUUACUUAGACUUAGAAAUGGAGAUGCGAAUUCUGUGCUGACAUAGAAAUGUUUUAUAUGUUUCAAAACCAGAAUGGUUGAUUUACUCCA